GUGUGUGUGUGUGUGUGUGUGUGUGUAUCAUUGAGGGUGUUGUAACAAUAGAGCCAUUGUAAAUGCUUGGCUGGGAUUGGAUGGGGGUUUGCUGUGCAGCUUCAUUAGUCAAUCUCUCUUUCCUUCUCUCUCUCUGUCAUAUCCACUGUCAACGAGUAGCGAGUGAUCUGCAAAAGUGUGUGUUGGGAUUUACUGUGUUGAGGUGUGUAUUGUGGUGGCACCUGGACUCUUGUGUGCCUUUCUCAGAAUGUGGAGGUGAAUCUCUUUUGUCAUUGAUGAUGGCGCUACAGGCCGGUCUGCAGUCUUGGUUUGGCGAGAAGUUUGAUUCCCCGUUACAGAGUCCUCACUGCCCUCGGGUUCCACGGCCCGGUCCAGGUCUGGCUGAUGUGUUCCAGUAUGACCAGUGGUUGGCGGUGCGGCAUGAGGCCACACUGGUGCCCAUGCAAGAGGACCUCGCCAUCUGGCUCAGUGGCAUACUGGAUGAGGAAGUCCGAGCCGAACGCUUCAUGGAGGAGCUGGAUAACGGUGCCAGACUUUGUCAUUUGGUUGGAAUUCUGCAGAGCAAAAUCCCGCAGCUGUCCUCAAAGAAAAUUCAGUUCAAGAGAAACGCCUCCCCUGGAUCGUUUUUAGCUCGUGACAACACGGCAAAUUUUCUGUCCUGGUGUCGUCACAUAGGAGUGGACGAGACGUAUCUGUUUGAGUCCGAGGGUUUGGUCCUGCAUAAAGAACCUCGCCAGGUGUGUUUGUGUCUGCUGGAGAUCGGACGCAUCGUUUCCAGGUAUGGGGUGGAGCCUCCGGUUUUGGUUCAACUGGAGAAGGAAAUUGAACUGGAAGAAAGUCUAAUGAUGACUAAUGACUCUGCUCCAGUCAAAACAUUUACUGUGUGCUCUCAGCACGGUGCCCUGUAUCAUGCUGAUCGUGGGGAUCAGGAUGACUCGCCCUGUAACUGCUCACAGAGGUUUUCCAUCGAGUAUUUGUCCGAGGGACGCUACAGACUGGGAGACAAGAUCCUGUUCAUCAGGAUGCUCCAUGGAAAGCACGUGAUGGUGCGUGUUGGUGGAGGUUGGGACACUCUGAAAGGGUUUCUGCUGAAAUAUGACCCUGACCGUGUGUUGCAGUUCACCACUUUAGAGCAAAAGAUUCUAGCCUAUCAGAAAGGCCCGCCCGGCCCAGGCCCCGCCCUCAGCACACAGAGCGCCCAGCCGCCGCCGAUGGACCCCAUCGCUGCCGUUAACCUCCUUCCAGAGUCCUCUUCUUCCUCCACAACCUCUUUGUCCAAACCCAACACACCCGCUUCGGGCCAUGCCACACCCCGUGGCUAUGCCCAGUCACCUGCUUCCACGCCCUCCCUGCCCCGGAAGGCUAAAGCACCCAAAAAGACCCUUCAGAUGCCCGCUGCCUCCCCCAAAACUACCCCUCUUUCCUCACCUGUCCCGAAAAGAAGCCCCCUGCCCCAGUCAGGCUUGAGCGGUGUAACUCGUAAGGCCACCGCCCCUUCCAAAUUCAAAUUACGUCCGCGUGGAUCACCCUCCCAGCCCCGCAGUCCAGUCUGCCCUGAACCCACCUGCAAACUACCCAAAGCUUCAGCCUCGCCCUGUGCCCCGCUUCCCCAAAAACCUUCCCAGCGCGACGCCCGCCCACCUCCUGGACCCGCACGCUCACGGGUCGUGCAGCGACGCCCCCCGUCCCCUGCCUCCAGCUUGCACUUAGACUCCAGAAAAGCCCGUCCUGUUUCCCCUCGUUUGGCAGGACCAGCGAGAGAUCCAAACAACCCCAAAAAGACGAUAGUUCCCCCUAGAGCGCCCAGCCCUCUCAUUAAAUCCUCUGUAACCUGCAAGAGCAAAUCUGUAGAGCAGAGCAGACGAGGCGCUGUGCGAACUGUUGCGCCCGUUAAUGCUAAAACAGCUCCUCUCAGGAAACCUCUGACCAGCAAUAACCCACCCAAAUACAGUCCCACAACAGCCAGACCAGCACCUACCAAUGCCGUACGGAUUAAACCCAGCAAACGUGAAGAUCCCUACUUUGAGAUGAACAAUAAGAGGAGGCUAAAGAACUGAGAAUGCUGGGAAAUGUAGUCUGGUGGUGGCUUUUUUUGUUUGUUUGUUUGUUUUUUUUUUACUGCAACAUUAGCACUGAGGGUUUGCUGAGUAUACUUCGUUUUUUGCAAACCUAUACGUCUCGCGCAGUGCACAUGAUGCACGUUUAUUAAUCGGCACAGUACAUGCAGACUGUCUGCGUACAGUCUUUUUGCGCAUCGUUGGCACAUGUGCCUGCCGUUAAAGUGCAGUCGUAGUGCGCAAAGUAGAGUGUAUUUUAAAAUGCAGAGCGCACGACGGGAUGCCGAAAAACAAAGUAUACCCUUUAGUCAGAGAGGGCAGCAUAUUUAAUAUGAUACGAAUGAAAACGAGACCGUAAUAGAAGUAUAGCAUGUUCAGUUUCAUUUGGACUGUUUAUAUUGUGGUGUUGAUCGUUAAGUCGACAAAACAUUAAAAAUACGUCUUUCCAAAGAUAUUCGAAAGAUGCACAGCCUCGUUUUCAUUCACGUCAAUUGAAACAUGCCGUCUACCCUGACUGAGAUCCAUAACCUGUUUUGUUUCUUUGCAUCUAUCAUAAUCGAAUUAUUCUCAGGCUUUUAUUUGUGCCAUACUAAAAUCAUCAGAAUAUGCCUCGGAUCCAUUCUACCAGUAAUUAGCAUAUGAAACAUACAGUUUUUUUAUUUCUUCUUAAGCUACAGUAAUUAUCAUUAUUUUAGCUAAGGUUAGGACGCCUUUUAUAUAGGUUUAGUUGGUUUGUUUACGUUAAAUUAUGCACGGUUAUGCACAAACUGGUACCAUCAGGAUGUGUGUUUAAUAUUUGUUACAAUCUUGUAGGUCAGUCAGUGUCUUUAUCGUCUUCUGAUUGGGUUAUACAUGUAUCAACAUUACUGAUUAAUAUCAUAGAUCAUUUUACUGCCGUAUAUUUACAUGUCUUCCUUCAGAAUGUGGUAAAUGUCAUGCAGUAAGUGUGUGUGUUGGUUUAGACCAAUGUUUGUCCUCAUAUAUGAUGAUGGAGCAGAUGAGCUGGGUGCAUUCACAUCACGGGCAGCGGUCUGCUGUUCUGUUUAGUGUCCAUAUUUACACUCGGAGAACUGUAUUACAUAAGCGACAUAUGCAGAUCCAGCAGAAUUCUCGCUCUCAUUGUUUUAGUUCUUAUGUGAUACCCCAUAAUAUUCAGAGGCACCUCUCUAUGGCAACCAAAGCGAGAUCCUGAGAUCCUUUCGUGAUUUGAUUUUUGAGCACGUUUUAACUCAUUUUUAGAGUAUUGUGUGUGUGUGUGUGUGCCUUAAAUUUGUGUUUGUUGGAAUAUAUGUGUAGUUGAAUUAUCAAACACUUGCGAAACUUUAUAUGGCAAAGGUCGGGCAGUUUGUUCGAAAGGUUUAAUUUGUAAGUUGGCCAAUCAGCCGGCUGUAAUUAAAUUAAGCACUACCUCCUUAACGCCACACAAAUACUACUGAUUUAGUCAAGUCCAUAUAAAUGCUUUUAUUACACUGUCCAUGGCAAACAAUUGACUGAUGUAUGAAUAUUUUUCACUUUAUUCGAGAGUUGUGAUUUAUAUAGACCGGUUGUUAUUAUUAAAUAUUAAUUUUAUGUUUGAGGGUUUAUAGUUUUGGUAUUGGUCUUUUAAUUCUAUUUUUGUCUGUCCUGCUCCAGUUGAGAGAAAUUCAUCCAGCACUUUAAAGAAAAUGUUUUGAAUGUAGUUUUUCUUUUUUUUUUUAUCUGUCUUUCUAUCUUUGUUUUCUGUCAAAUAAAGAUCUAUUCAU